AUGUCGCUCGCACACACAGCUGCAGAGUACAUGCUCUCUGAUGCCUUACUGCCUGACCGCAGAGGCUCCCGCCUCAAAGGACUGCGCCUGGAACUGCCCCUGGACCAGAUGGUCAAGUUUGUUGCUGUGGGCUUUCCCUUACUGCUGAUGUCCCUGGCAUUUGCCCAAGAGUUCUCCUCCGGGUCUCCAAUCAGCUGCUUUUCUCCAAGUAACUUCAGUAUCCGGCAGGCUGCAUACGUGGACAGUUCCUGUUGGGACUCACUGGUUCACCAUGAACAGGAUGAGGCUGGCCAGGACAAGAUAAAAUCACUCUGGCCCCACAAGGCCCUCCCCUACUCCCUUCUGGCCCUGGCCAUGGCCAUGUACCUGCCAGUGCUGCUGUGGCAGUAUGCAGCUGUUCCAGCCCUCAGCUCAGAUCUGCUGUUCAUCAUCAGUGAACUGGACAAAUCCUAUAAUCGUUCCAUCCGCCUGGUGCAGCACGUGUUGAAGAUUCGGCAGAAGAGCUCUGACCCUCAUGUCUUCUGGGAUGAGCUAGAGAAGGCCCGAAAAGAACGAUACUUUGAAUUUCCCCUGCUAGAGCGGUACCUGGCAUGUAAGCAGCGCUCACAUUCACUAGUGGCCACCUACCUCCUGAGGAACUCCCUUUUGCUCCUCUUUACCUCGGUCACAUACCUGUACCUUGGUCACUUUCAUCUGGAUGUCUUCUUCCAAGAAGAAUUCAGCUGCUCCAUCAAGACAGGGCUACUACAUGAUGAAACUCACGUUCCCGAACUGAUUACAUGCAGGCUGACCUCCCUAUCCAUUUUUCAGAUUGUCAGCCUCUCCAGUGCAGCAAUAUACACCCUGUUGGUUCCUGUGAUAAUAUACAACUUCACACGACUAUGUCAGUGGGACAAACGACUGCUAUCUGUAUAUGAGAUGCUCCCAGCUUUUGAUCUCCUCAGCAGAAAAAUGCUGGGAUGUCCCAUCAAUGACCUCAAUGUGAUCCUUCUUUUCCUCCGAGCCAACAUCUCUGAGCUCAUCUCUUUUAGCUGGUUGAGUGUCUUAUGUGUGCUGAAGGACACUGCCAUCCAGAAGCAUAACAUUGACACAGUGGUCGAUUUCAUGACAUUAUUGGCUGGCUUAGAACCCUCAAAACCCAAACAUCUCACCCAACAAAUGUGUGACGAACAUCCAUAG